GCCCAGAAAGCUCUAAACGCCAUGGCCGAUGAACUCGCGGACCUUGGCGUAGCCUUGCCAUCUACCUAUCACAGCAAAAUUCGUCAACACCCGGACAUGAGGCAGGCUGUCCAGACCGAGCUCGCGCUGCGGGAAGGGCAAGCCGACGAAGCGCUCGACGAACUCCGCCUGCACAUCGCGACGUUCGAAUCGCUCGAGAAACGAAAAAGGCAAGGCUCAGGCAUACGGCACAAUACCGUGUUAGAUGGUAGGUUGCAGAAGAAGCGACAAGCGCAGCAUCGCGCGAAGGAUCGCUAUCGUGCCUUGCGCGACAUCAUGCUGGUCCUGGGCAUGCCCAACGAUCACAAGAAGUUCCGAAUCCUGAACGACGAGGACUUGCGGGCCUUCACCUUAACGACGGUGGAGCAGCAGUUAGGCGACAGUUACAGGCUACCUUCGUGGAUCUGGGGUGAUUUCUCUUUUGUCAACCAAGUGAAGGCUGGCGAGAUGCGGAGUUUCCUGGAAGCUAGCAUGCGCGUCCAUUGGUUCAAGCAUAACGCGCUCACACAACGCUGGACGGAGGAACUCAAGACUCGACGCGAAGAGAUA